CGUUCUCCACACGCGUCGCUCUGGUGUUGUCGCAAAACAACAUUGGCGCGCGAACCUGUACUUAUCGUUAUCAUCACCUCACUCUCAAAUGCUGACACCCAAUUGCGAAAUCGACGAAAUUUGACGGCUACAAUUUCAUUCGGCACGCACCUCCGCGAAUAAUCUUGUUCUGGGCACUGAAGUGACAUGGGCUUCUGAAGCUGAAAACGAAGUCUACUCCAUAAUCCCAACUCUUCCAAGAUCGACACCACCCUUUUCCGCAAGAAAACACACGGCAGAGGGCACGGAUAUAGCAUAUAUCACCUCGAUCUACAACAAUGCCGCGUCCGCCCGCAAAGCGUAGUCGCCCGACAUCCAAGGCCGUGCCUGCUUCCACGCAAAAUGUAUCGUCGAAGCCAAGGCGCGAUGGUGUCAGUUCAGGGGAUACAUCCAAAGCCUCGACAGAGAAUACGCAUGGCACGAGAGGUGCAUCCCAACUGGAAAUCGGCACCGGCACUCAGGAUUCGGAAAUCAUACGGCAAUUGAGGAAUCAGACACCGAUGACCAAGACAUAUGAGCAGGCGGUCGAAUCGUCACCUGCAACGGCCACAGGUAGCCGACCACCUACAAGAGCCCGCGGCUAUUCAUCUACGCUUUCCAUUGCCGGACGGAAAGGAGAUAUGAGUUCGAAAGUUCCGGGAACCCCGGCCUUUGAAAGUUCGGUAUUGAGCAACUUCAGAAGGAGACCUCGACAACCCAGCAUUCUCCAGAUGAUGCAAGCGGAAGAUGGCUCUUCUGAUUUGGAUGACGAUUUUCUGGGCGGCUUGAGCCCGGAGGAUGAGUCCACGCCGUUGAACCUUUCUAGAGGGAAAUCGCUCGCCCUAAGGUCGGCUGCCUCGCCGUCCCCAUCCCGCCAGUCGUUACCUUCAAGCGAACGUUCCCGCAAGCGCAAACUGUCGACGGAGAACCGGGAUAUUGCCAAGUCUCCAUCAACAGAGACAGGGUCUGGCGUUGAUCUUCCUGAAUCAAGCGGAGAAGAAAGUGACCUUAGCGAACCCCCGAGUCCGGCACAGCGAUCCGAGUCGCCGGAGCAAUUCAAUCGAACAAUGAGGUCACCCAUGAGCAGCAGUGCGCUCUCGAGUCCUUCAGAUUCGGAUUCCACGCCUACUGCGCAUCGUAUGACGGGACGUGCAGCAACCCGUCGCAAGCAAGCGGUUGACCAAAAGGCUUCCCUUUCUACAGCAAUUCUCCAAGACAAAUUUCUUCCUAGAAGACAACUAAGACAUCACGAUGGGACCGAGUUUGGGGUUGCAAGUGAUCAGGAAGAUGACGACUUGAGCUUUGCGCUCUCGCAGCCAUCAUACAAAUCGCGACGAAACCGGGAGACCAACCCCAAACAUCCAUCUAGUAGUCGAACCCGCGCGGCGAAGCAAAAGACACAGAAUGCGGUUGGCAGUGAAAAGAAGGCAAACCCUCGCUCGAGUCGCUUAAAACAGCGCAAGGAGCAGGCAAAUGCGAACCCAAGUAAUUACAGAUCCAAUUCCCACGGCGCCACUGGAAUGAACAAGGAAAACCAACCUGUUGAAACGUCCUCCCCGCUGUCCUCACCUCCCCCUUCGGAUGACCUUGAAUCAGAGUCAGAAUCAGAUGCAGAUACGGAGCCCAAUUUCGCCAGCGAAGAGUUGAAAUUACAGGCGAAGAAGUUCGCCGAAGUGGACCGAUGGCAAAUGGAAUUCGAAGAGGUGGUUGUCUCUGGCAGCCAGGGUAGCCCGUCCAGGUAGAUUUACU